GAGUAAAUACAACAGGAGCGCAAAAUGGCGGAGUCGCCGAGCGCACUGCAUUACGCCGCUGCUGCCGCCGCCGCUGCCCCCGCGGAGAAAGAACCAUUUGGCAAGCUGCAGCCUCCCUCCCGGGACCCGCCGUGUUCAUUGUCCGCCAAGAAGAUUCGGACUGAGGAGAAGAAGGCGCCGCGAAGAGUGAACGGGGAAGGAGGCAGCGGCGGGAACAGCAGGCAGCCGCAGCUGCAGCCGCCGCCGCCGCCGCCAGCGGCACCUUCGCCUCACAGCUGUGGCAGCCCCGCGUCUUGGAGCUUCGCUGCUCUGUCUGCUGCCCACUCGUCGUCCUGUUCCCGGAGUAGUUUCUCUUUCUCCGCUGGCUUGGCCGCCACCUCCUCAGCCUCCGCUUCUCAGCCGGUGCCGCGCAAACUGCUGGUCCCUUCUACGAUGCUGCACGCUCAGUCUCACCAUCUCCUGCUACCGGCCGCUGCCUCCUCCGGCAACGCCAAGCAGCGCAGAUCCAAGGAGAAGCGGGAGAAGGAGAGGCGGAGGCACGGCCUCGGCGCGGCGGGCGAGGCCGGCGGGGCCGCUCGGGAGGAGAACGGGGAGGUGAAGCCGCUGCCUCGAGAUAAAAUCAAAGACAAAAUUAAAGAGAAAGAAAAAGAAAAAGAGAGAGAAAAAAGGAAACAUAAAGUAAUGAACGAAAUUAAGAAAGAGAAUGGAGAAGUUAAGAUUUUGCUGAAAGGUGGGAAGGAGAAACCAAAAACAAAUGUAGAAGACUUACAAAUUAAAAAGGUAAAGAAGAAAAAGAAAAAGAAACACAAAGAGAAUGAAAAAAGGAAACGUCCAAAAAUGUAUAGCAAAUCUAUUCAGACCAUCUGCUCAGGAUUGUUAUCUGAUGUUGAAGAUCAAGAAGUCAAAGGCAUCCUAAAUGAUAACAUAAAGGAUUACAUUGGAAAGAAUUUGGAUACCAAGAACUAUGAGUCCAAAAUUCCAGAGAACAGUGAGUUUCCAUUUGUCUCAUUAAAGGAGCCACGGGUCCAGAAUAACCUCAAAAGGUUGGACACUUUGGAGUUCAAGCAGCUCAUUCAUAUUGAGCACCAGCCUAAUGGAGGUGCAUCAGUUAUCCAUGCCUACAGUAAUGAACUCUCCCAUUUGUCUCCUAUGGAGAUGGAGAGGUUUGCAGAAGAGUUUGUGGGUCUGGUGUUCAGUGAAAAUGACAACUCUGCAGCUUUCUAUGUAAUGGGUAUUGUUCAUGGGGCAGCUACUUAUUUACCUGACUUUUUAGACUACUUUUCAUUUAAUUUUCCCAAUUCACCAGUGAAAAUGGAGAUAUUGGGAAAGAAAGAUAUAGAGACGACGACUAUGUCCAAUUUUCAUGCUCAGGUCAAAAGAACAUUUUCUCACGGUACUUACAGAGCUGGCCCAAUGAGACAGAUCAGCUUGGUGGGAGCAGUUGAUGAAGAAGUGGGAGAUUACUUCCCUGAGUUCCUUGACAUGUUGGAAGAGUCACCAUUUUUAAAAUGUACACUGCCAUGGGGGACACUAUCUAGUCUAAAAUUAGAGAGUCGAAAAGAUAGUGAUGAUGGUCCCAUUAUGUGGGUACGUCCAGGGGAACAAAUGAUCCCUGUGGCUGAUAUGCCAAAGUCACCUUUCAAAAGGAAAAGAACAACCAAUGAAAUUAAAAACUUGCAGUACCUACCUCGAACCAGUGAGCCCCGUGAGAUGCUCUUUGAAGAUAGGACAAGAGCCCAUGCAGAUCAUAUAGGACAAGGUUUUGAACGACAGACUACCGCUGCUGUUGGAGUACUGAAGGCUGUGCACUGUGGAGAGUGGCCUGAUCAACCCCGAAUAACCAAAGAUGUAAUUUGUUUUCAUGCUGAAGAUUUCUUAGAAGUAGUGCAGCGAAUGCAGUUAGAUUUACAUGAACCUCCACUGUCUCAGUGUGUCCAGUGGGUUGAUGAUGCAAAACUUAAUCAACUGAGGAGGGAAGGCAUUCGCUAUGCCAGGAUUCAACUGUAUGAUAAUGACAUUUAUUUCAUUCCGAGGAAUGUUGUGCAUCAGUUUAAGACAGUUUCAGCUGUAUGCAGUUUAGCAUGGCAUAUUCGGCUCAAAUUAUAUCACUCAGAGGAGGACACUUCUCAGAAUGCAGCUACUCAUGGAACAGGCACAUUACCAGAUCCCACAGCAUCAGUUCUUGGACCUCACACUGACAACACAAUUUGUGCUGUAAGCAAAAACUCUUUGGAUUCUGCUUGUUCAGACAUGCUUCAUUCUAAAUAUGAAUUGCAGCAGAUUAAACAUGAACCUGUUCCAUCUGUAAGAAUCAAGGAAGAAACUGUGAAUGUUAAUAUUCCUGAAAAGACUAGAGCACCCAAUAAUACGGAUGGCAAGAAUAUUAAAGCAAAAUUGGAUCAUGUUCAAUUUACAGAAUUUAAGAUUGACGUGGAGUCUAAAUUUGGAAAUACCAACAAAGAUUUAAAGGAAGAAUUUUGCCCUGGAAGUCACAUGAGUCUAGUUGAUACAAGGCAACAUAGUUUAGCACAUUCAAAUCAAGAUAGAAAAGAUGAUGACAUUUUGUGCUAAAUUUGUACAGACCAUUUAAAAUUUUUUUUUUUUAAAUUUAAUAAUGUAAUAAAAAUUCAUGAUUUCUGAAGCAAGCCAGGGACUUGCUCCCAUGUCUGUUACAAAAUAUAGUUUAUGUAGCUUUGUAACAUUCCUCAGUGCCUGUCCAUAACUGUGAAAUAUCAGAGCACUUAGGGCCAGAUGCACUGUAAACAUUACAGGUUUAAACAAAAGGAGUCUUUAAAUCAUUUGAGUUAAAGGUUUUAGACUACAGCUGACGUUAACAUACAUACAUACAUAUAUAUGUGUGUGUGUAUGUGUGUGUGUGUGUGUUAUUUUGUAAUAUGAGCCAGAAUUCCUUUUCGACAAUUUAAGGCUUUUCCAUAGAGCUUAUUUAUACUGGGUUUUUUUUUUGUUUUUUUGUUUUCCAUUUUAAAUGUGUCAGCACUGUAGUGUAAAUAGCUUUACAGAUCUUUUUAGUGUGAUUUAUACUGAAAUGUGAGCCACUUAAUAAAGGUUCAUAAUGACAAAUAUGUUUUCUUUUUGGUCUGCAAAUUGAUAACUGACAAUUGAGUUAAAUCAUUUAUUUGAUGUUUCUUUCUGCUGGUACUUCCAUUUAGAGUGGUUAUGGAGUGCAAAUGUAUGUAUUCAAAUCUAGGGAAUAUUUAAAUUCCCCACACUGUGUAAGCAUUUUUAAACACCAAGAUUCAGUUAUGAAAGUGUGAAUGUGUGUGUGUAUGGGAAUGUGUAUAUCAUGUUUUGGAUAAUUUCUUAGGUUGCUGAAUAAGAUGAAUACAUGAAUCUUCCUACUCCUAAUCCCUUGAAUACAUUUUUAAAAGAUUUAUAUUCAACAUUAAGAAAACAGUUUGGUAUAGAAACAAUUUUAGAAAGUUGGGAGAAAUAAGGUCUUUUACUGAUAUCUAACCCUUCUAACUAAUAAAGUUAAGUGGCCUGAUUACAUAGCUCUAACAUAAAGUUUCUUUUCAUUGUGUAGAAUGAUAAGUGUAAAAACUUUUCUUACUCAUAAACACUUGCACUGUACUUAAAUGUGGCUGAGUAAAAAUCUUUAGUUAUAGAAAGAGUAAUUAUGAGCAAUUAAAAUCAAUCCUCUUUUACAUUUUUUCUGGCAGAAUGGGAGGAAAAUACAGCAAAUACAAAAUUGUAGAAUAAGGGCAGUGACUCAAACUGCCAAUACAGAGUUACAACUGACAAUAUUAUGUGGUACCUCAUCUUUCUCAGGAUCCCCCUCCCUUUCCUAGCUAAUAAAUCAGAGUACUUCCUUUUCAGAAGAAGUUCUGGAAAAUAAAACUAGGUAGGAAACAGGAUUGCGGGUGCCUAUCUAAAGAUAAUUAGUAAAACAAUGGACUUCAGCACUAUUUAAGACUGCUGCCACCUGUGGAAUUAAAAGUCAAACAAAUGUCUUUGAUACAUGCUUUGAUGUAAGGAACUCUGCUCUUUGCAAAUCUUUUUUAUUUUGUUUUGUCUUUGGUAUUAUUUUGACUUAUACUUGGUUGAUGACUUUCAACUGGGGUUCUUCAUGCUGCUUUUUGGGCCGGUGAUAUCAAAACUGCUCAUCUUUCUGGUUAUGGAGAAGCCACUUAGAGGCAUUUCACCGGAACAAAUAAGAAUUAACUGCAGCAAUGAUGUCAUUUCUGGCCCCUAGAUUAAUAAAAGGGUAAGCAAAUAUUGUAGAAAAUCUUGAUGCUUUGUAGGAAAUUAGUAUAUUUGCAACAUAGGAAGUCUUAUGGGAUAAGAAAGUAUAAAUCAUGUUAAUGUAAAUAGGGUUUUGUUUUGUUUUAUAUGUGGCUGUCUUGUCCUGCUCCCAUUUCUUUAAUCUUCCAUCUAAAUUUAUGGAUUUGCACCUAUCUUUUUGGGAGACAAAAGCUUAUAACAAGCCAGUAUUGAAAAAAUAGGAGGAAAUGUGUUUAAAAUAUUUUUCUGGCUUUUCUUUUUUAAUUGAAGGAUGAUCUAUUUAACAAGGUUUGUUUUUAUUUCCAGGAGCACCUAUAUAGAUGCACUAUAAUACAGUGACUUGAGGCAACCCUUCCAAAAUACAUGAGCCUUAAAAAGAAAAUUGUAUCUAAAGCAACCAUAAUGGUUGUUUUUAGGUAUAGUUGCCUAUAUAAUAUAAACUUCUCCAUAAUUUGAAAAUUUAAUUGUUUUGUAAAACACAUACAUAUCUGUGGAGGUGAAGUAGAAAAAUCAUUGGGCUCAGAUUUCAAUACACAGCCUUGAAUAAUACUUAAUUUUCCUUGUCUUAUGGGUCAUAAUUUAAAAAUCCUCUUUAAAUGCAAUCUGAGAACUUGUUGUCUACCUUUGUUACACACAAAUACUUUCUAUUUAAUAUACUGCAUUAUAUUAAUGGUUUCCUAGUUAGUAAAUUCCAGAUCUUUAUCUGAACACAGUUUUUUGUUUUUAUUUCUAAUUUCUUGGAUCAGAACAAUAAAGCACUUAAGAUAUAGUUUCCAAUAUGGUCAUAGGUUAAUUAAAAUAAACAAUUGUUAUAUAAAUUAAGUUGAUACACAGACCUUUAAAAAAAAAUGAAGUUACCUCAAUGGUGUCUGCUAUGUGCUUUUUUAAAAAAUUACUUUUGUUCAUAUCUUUUAUCUAUCUAAGUAAUAUAUAUUCCAUACUCAGGUUAGCUGGCUAACUAGCAAAAGAAUUAAGCAUUUGUGAUAUUAAGUUGAAAACUUUGCUAAAGCCAUAUUCCUUAUCUUCCUUCUCAAUAAGGCUGUUGACCUUAUAUAAAGAGUAGAUUGAUCUGGCACAGACCAUGUGUGUGUGCAAGUAUAUAUGCAUGUCUGCGUGUAUAAGUUUGUUUUUUGGAAACACUGUGUUUCCACAUAUAUUCAUUUUUAAUCUAUUCUGUAACUUUUGGUGGGGCUGGGAGGCGGAUCAUGGAGGGUAGGGGAGAUUUGAUUUCUUGGGUUGAGUCUUCAAGGUAUUUUAUUAAUGUUCCUGAGUGUAAAACAGUUUUUCCCCAAUAGUAAUGGCAGAUAAGAUCAUUUCUGUAAACAGUAAAUUAGCAUUGUUCUUGGUAAAUUUACAUUCAGCUGUCCUUUGGACAAGUUCAUUGUCAUGUAAAGCAAAUAUCUCAAAAUUUAUUUUACAUUUAGCAAAGGUGCAAGAUGUGUUUUUGGAGUUUGAAAGGAAUUUUCCUUGUCUUCCACCUUUCAAUAAAUACUAAAAUUAAUGACUGCAGUCUU